AUGACUGUUGACAUCUGUGCAGAUCAUCCAAAUGCUUUUUGGAACAGGAAGAAACAUAUUUCAUCGUAUUUCCCAAUUAGAAAAAAUAAUAUUUCUGAAGAUGAUAUUUCUAUUCCAGAAAAAGGGAAAAAUGUUUUAGAUGAUGAAAACCCUGAGCCAAGUGUUAAAUUUCUUGGAAUGCUUCAAAUUGUUACUGCUCAUCGUUGGUAUAUAAAUUGUACCAUUCUAAUUAAUAAUGAUUUUAAAGUUUCCAGUAUUGCCAUGAUUAAUAGCGGUGCUGAUGUUAGUUGUAUCCAGGAAGGAUUAAUUCCAUCAAGAUAUUUUGAAAAAAAUACGCAUGUUGUUAAAUCUGCUUCUAAUCAUGCUUUAGACAUAAAAUAUAAACUUUCUAAUACUUGUAUUUGCCAAAGUAAAGUUUGUAUUCCUCAUUUCUUCUUUCUGGUUAAAAAUCAGCUUAACCCGCCAAUUAUACAUGACACUCCUUUUAUAAAUGCUAUUUAUCCUUUCUCAGAGUUAAAUUCAAAGGGUUUUACUGCAAAUUAUAAUGGUAAUACCAUUAAUUUUGAGUUUAUAACUGAGCCUAUAACUAGAGGUAUUAACUCUUUAAUUCAUUUGAAACAAAAACAUAUUGAGUCUUUACAAAUGGAAAUUUUCAGUCUUAAUAUUUCUAAUUCUUUACAAUCUCCAAAUGUCCAGGAAAAAAUUAAAUUAAUUUCUGGAAAAAUGACUGCUGACAUCUGUGCAGAUCAUCCAAAUGCUUUUUGGAACAGGAAGAAACAUAUUGUAACUCUUCCUUAUGAGGACUCUUUUAAUGAAGCAGAUAUUCCUACAAAAUCUCGUCCUUGUCAAAUGAAUUCUGAACUUGUUGAUUUUUGCAAAAAAGAAAUUGAUAAUUUAUUAGCAAAGGGACUUAUAAAACCCUCUAAAUCUCCAUGGUCUUGUACUGCAUUUUAUGUUAAUAAAGCAGCAGAACAAGAAACAGGUGUUCCCAGGUUGGUAAUAAAUUACAAACCUUUUAACAAAGUUUUAAAAUGGAUUAGGUAUCCAAUUCCUAAUUAAAAAGAUCUUCUUUCAAGAUUAUAUGAUUCCAAUAUAUUUUUAAAAUUUGAUUUAAAAUCAGACUAUUGGCAGAUUCAAAUUUUUAAAGAGCAUACUUAUAAAACUUCGUUUAAUGUUCCCUUCGGGCAAUACGAAUGGAAUGUUAUGCCUUUUGGUUUAAAAAACGCACCUUCUGAGUUUCAGAAAAUUAUGAAUGAUAUUUUUAAUCCCUAUAUGGAUUUCAUUAUUGUAUACAUUGAUGAUAUUCUUGUUUAUUCUAAAACUUUAGAAUCUCAUAUCAAACAUCUUGAUAUUUUUAAAAAUAUUGUUAUCCAAAAUGGUUUAGUUAUAUCUAAAACCAAAAUGAGUCUUUUUCAGACCCAUGUAAGUUUUCUGGGUCAUCAAAUUUGUAAGGGGAGAAUUACUCCAAUUCAAAGAUACAUAGAUUUUGCAUCAAAAUUUCCUGAUGAAAUCAUUGAUAAAACUAUGCUACAAAGAUUUUUGGGCAGCAUAAAUUAUAUUUCACCUUUUUACAAAAAUUUAUCUAAAGAUCUUGCUCCUCUGACAGAUAGGUUGAAGAAAGGUAGAAUGUUACCUUGGAAUUAAGAUCUUAAUAAGUUGGUUAAAACCAUUAAGCAAAGAGUUAAAGUUUUACCUUGUCUUACUCUUGCUAACCCUAACUGGAUUAAAAUCAUUGAGACAGAUGCGUCUAAUAUUGGUUAUGGUGGGAUUUUAAAGCAGGUUAAUCCUAAUGACAAAAUAGAAUACCUUGUUAGAUUCCAUUCAGGCAAAUAGUCUGAUUCACAGCGAAAAUAUGCGACUGUGGCUCAUGAAAUGCUUUGUGUGGUUAAAUGUGUAUUAAAAUUCCAAGAUGACUUAUAUAAUCAAAAAUUUAUUAUAAGAACUGUUGCUCAGUCAAUUAAGUAUAUGUUUGAUAAAGACUUCAAGCAUGAUAUAUCAAAAUUAAUGUUUGCUAGGUGGCAAGCACAAUUAGCUCCUUUUGAUUAUGAAAUUCAUUAUAAAAAGGGAAGUGAUAACUCUCUUCCUGAUUUCUUAUCCAGAGAAUUUCUAAAUAAUUAAAAUGUCUCCUUAUAGUUCUGUAUUUGGAAAUAAGACUUUUAUUACAAUUUUUAUAGCUUUACAGUCAUUAAGUAAAGAUUUAAAAGAAACUAUUAUUGAUAGAAUAUUUGAUAGUAUUCUAAUGGAAGAUUUCCUCCAUGAUUAUGAAACUGUUUCCCUAGAUGAUAAUAAUUGGGAAUAUGACAUCGAAGGAAAUUUUGAUAAUUAUUAAAGUUUGUUCGUCUUUUCAGGAUGGCGGGAGGUAAUGAACCUCCAUGGUCACAUAUUCGUGGUUGAGGAGGAAGAAACAACAGGGGUAGAGGAAGAUCAUCCUCUUACCAAUCUACAAGGUCGUCAUAUGACUCUUCUUACCCAGUUAUACGACAUGGACACAAAACCUUGAUUAAAUCAAAGAUUGGAGAAGCUUCUUCAUCAGCUUCAUCUACAUUAAAUCUUAAGGAUAUUCCGAAAGAAAGUUCAUUAUAUGAACAAAUCCAAGCAUAUCUGUAAACAAAA